GGACUCUGUCGAAUAAUUUUAGCAGCGGGAUUUUCGCCUUGCUUGUGCAAUACGCUUUGGCAAUCGGAUUAGACUGGAAACAAUUGGCCAUUUUCAACGGGAUUUUUACCAUUGUUCUCAUGCCGUUCAUUGUCAGAUUGCCCGAGUCUCAUGUUUGGCUCAUCAGCAGAGGAAGAAAUGACGAGGCUCGCAAUUCGUUGCAAUGGUGCAUGGGAGAACACUACCAUUGUGAUACGGAAUUCGAAGACUCAGUUAGUCACCAAACUGAUUCAAGAGAAUCUGUUGGAAAGCUGAAAGACGUGCUGAAUUUCCAAUACUUGAAGCCCGUUUUAAUUUUGCUGGUUUUCAUUUUUGCGAGACCAUUUUGCGGCGGAAUCGUCAUCAUGUAUUUGACUUCUCAAAUCCUGCGGAAAACAAACCCUGCGCUGGACCCGAAAUAUGGAGUUGUGAUCCUCGGAUUUUGCCAGCUGGUUUUUGUGAUUAUUGGUGGGCGGAUGAUGGACAAAAUCGGAAGGAAGCGGUGCAUUGCCAUCUCUGGGAUUGUCAUGGCUGUAAGUCAGGCAGGUUUAGGAGUGUACUCCUUUUGUGAGGCAACCCCUGGCUUGGAA